AAGGCGGAAGAAUGCGAAGAGUGAGCCGGCGAUCCUGUGAGGAUGGCCCGCUGCUGGAGGAGCAGGAGACGGAGGGCCAGCGGCAGCUGCACAGCCUCCUGCUGCAGCAGCUCCACACUGACGUUGACAUCGACCGAUGUGUCGCCAAGAGGCAGUGCUUCGCCCCGGCGGCGCUCUAUCGGCCAUUUGGGGAACAGGCAGCUGGAGUGAGAAGCCUUUCCCAGUUCCAGGCCCUGCAGGACGGAGAGAAGGAGCUGGCCAGCUUGCGGGAGCUGGGCCUCACCGACACUGAGAUCCAGCUGUGGCAGAGCAGAGACGCACCAGAGGCAGCAGAGAAGUCCCACGGUGUGUGUGUAGCUCCAGGUGUGAAGCAGCAUCGCCUGCAGGUGAUCAGAGACAAGAUUGAAGCCAGAGCGGAGCUGCUGUCCCGCCCACAGCGAUUCGCCGCCAGCCGGCCGCUGUCGCGGCGAGAGAUGGAGAUCGAACGAGCGCUUUUCCAGGGAAAUGACCGCCUGGGUUUCCUCACUGCACUUUACCACAGAGAUGAAGAGAACCAGGAGGGCCAGCAGGGGGAGUCGUCCUCUGAUCCAAUGAACUCUCUCUACAGAGACAUUCUCAUCAGGGAGAGACAACAAGCUACAAUACAGGACUCUCAGAGAGCAUCACACCUGCCUGCACACAGAAGUGUACCUGAGCAAUUACAAGGCUCACAGAGAGACAACAACCAAUCAGAAGAAGCUUCUGACCAUCAGUCUGAACUGCAGGGUGAAAAAAGAAGCUCGUCAGUACAGUCAGAGUCGAGUUCAGGCACCUCAGAGCAGCAGCUCGCUCAGGACAGACCGGGGAAACCAGCACCGGCUGCUCCGACACAGAUCAAUAUAAGUCAGUCAAUCGGCAGCCUGCGUGGAGCAGUGACGGCGAGGUCAGGGGGACCGUUGACCGUCAGAGGGGAGAUUGAGACAAUCUCAGAUGAAGAAAUCCUAAAGAACCGUGAAUCUGAUGAAGGAAUCCGGAGCAUCCAGAGGUUCCGAAACUACCAACCGGGAAAACCCUCCAAGGUGCUGUGCGUGAAGAACCUGAGCGCACAGGCAUCGGUGGCCCAGCUGGUGGCGCUGUUCUCCAGGUUUGAGCAGGAGAGCGGGCCGCCGGUGCUUUACCGCCUGCUGACUGGAAGGAUGAAGGGUCAGGCCUUCAUCACUCUGCCAGAUGCUGAAACAGCCCAGAAAGCUUUGCAGUUGGUCCAUGGAUACCGGUUGCUAGGGAAACCAUUGGUGGUUGAAUUUGGCCGUGAGCGACAGGAAGAGGAGAAGCAGAAGGGGAAGGAAGUGCAGGAAGACAACACAUAAAAAACAAAAAUGUUUAUUCCUGACGACAACAUGGAUCCUCCAAAGCUGUGAAUAACAGGCUGAGAUGGAUGUGAUUGUAUAUUAUUUAUUUUUUCUGGAUAAAAAGUCACCAUCUUUGCCAUUUUCAUGUGAAUAAAUCUUUUUU